UGGAAAAAGGAAGCGGAGCCUGUAAACGGCGAACUCUCUGGUUUCCUACCCCUCGAAACAACUACCAGCGCUGUGUUACUUUUCAUGUGGACAAUUAUCCUCGACGGCAACAACAACACGGCCAAAAAGGGACUUAAAAGGAGCCGUUUCGAGGGGGAGGUUUUAGUGCCUUUUUUUUUCUUUCGACGUGAACAGUCCAUCAGUAAAGUGAAACCGUCUUUUGUUGAAGCAAGUGCUUGCCUGAGCCCCUCCGUGCAAGCAGCGGGUUUUUAAAAAACGGGGGGUGUAGUAAAGAAAAAAGUGUCCGUGUUCGCGUCGGCUAGUCCCGCUUCUUGGAUUUUAGCCCAACUGGAGGGUCAACCCGGGCAAGAAACGCGAUUUCAACUUGUUUGCAGAAGUCUCUGGGACUCCAAAAAUCACCAGACUGGCGGCUCUUCUGAAACUCUGGGGUUGUUGGUGUGGCCAAAUUUUCCCUGGAUUUGACUGGUAAAUUCAGAAGACUGAAGCCCAGGCUCACAGUCUACCUUUCACGGAGGCCCAGCCGUGAGAGGACUGAGGAAGGCACGUGGCGGAUCAUGACGGCCGACAAAGAGAAGGAGAGGGAGAAAGAGCGGGACAGAGACAGAGACAGGGACCGGGAUAAGAGGGAAGCUGGGAAGUCCCGACGGCAAGACGGGGACCGGGGCGAGAGCGAGAGCUCCAGACCCCGACGCAGCUGUACGCUGGAGGGCGGGGCCAAGAACUAUGCUGAGAGCGAGCACAGCGAGGACGAGGACAACGACAAUGGCAGCACGGGCGGGGGCAGUGGGACAGCCGAGGAGGCCGGCAAAAAGGGCAAAAAGAAGACGCCCAAGAAAAAGUCACGCUAUGAGCGCACAGAGAACGGAGAAAUAACGUCCUUCAUCACAGAAGACGAUGUUGUUUACAGACCUGGAGAUUGUGUAUACAUUGAAAGUCGGCGGCCCAACACUCCCUACUUCAUUUGUAGCAUUCAGGAUUUCAAACUGAGUAAACGGGACCAUCUGCUGAUGAAUGUGAAAUGGUACUACCGCCAGUCAGAGGUGCCUGACUCUGUCUACCAGCACCUGGUGCAGGAUCGCAACAAUGAGAACGACUCUGGCCGGGAGCUGGUUAUCACAGACCCUGUGGUUAGGAGUCGAGAACUCUUCAUCUCUGACUAUGUGGAUACUUAUCAUGCUGCUGCUCUCAGGGGGAAAUGCAACAUUUCCCAUUUCUCUGACAUUUUUGCUGCCAGGGAGUUCAAAGCCCGCAUCGACUCCUUUUUCUAUAUCCUCGGAUAUAACCCCGAGACCAGGCGACUUAACAGCACACAAGGGGAAAUCAGAGUGGGACCUAGUCACCAAGCCAAGCUCCCCGAGCUGCAGCCGUUCCCCUCUCCUGGUGGCCAGGCCGUUACCGAGAAUGAGGAGCUGGUCUGGAUGCCAGGGGUCAAUGACUGUGAUCUUCUCAUGUACCUCAGAGCCGCAAGGAGCAUGGCUGCCUUUGCAGGAAUGUGUGACGGAGGCUCAACAGAAGAUGGGUGUCUAGCAGCCUCUCGAGAUGACACUACAUUAAACGCACUUAACACUCUUCACGAGAGCAGCUAUGAUGCAGGAAAAGCUCUCCAGCGUCUAGUGAAGAAGCCUGUACCCAAACUGAUUGAGAAGUGCUGGUCUGAAGAUGAAGUGAAGCGCUUCAUUAAAGGUUUGAGACAGUUCGGCAAAAACUUCUUCAGGAUCCGGAAAGAGCUGCUGCCCAACAAAGAAACGGGAGAGCUCAUCACUUUCUACUAUUAUUGGAAGAAGACUCCUGAAGCAGCCAGUUGUCGAGCCCACCGUAGACACCGCCGCCAGCCUGUCUUCCGCCGCAUCAAAACUCGAACGGCCUCAACUCCUGUCAACACCCCCUCUCGUCCCCCCUCCAGCGAGUUCUUGGACCUCAGCUCAGCCAGCGAAGAUGACUUUGACAGUGAGGACAGCGAACAGGAGCUGAAGGGCUACGCCUGCCGCCACUGUUUCACUACCACCUCCAAGGACUGGCACCACGGGGGUCGGGAGAACAUCUUGCUGUGCACAGACUGUCGCAUCCACUUCAAGAAGUACGGUGAACUGCCCCCCAUCGAGAAGCCCGUGGACCCGCCGCCAUUUAUGUUCAAACCUGUCAAAGAGGAGGAGGAUGGACUCAGCGGGAAGCAUAGCAUGAGGACCCGACGGAACCGAGGCUCGAUGUCGACGCUACGAAGUGGUCGUAAGAAGCAGACAGCGAGUCCUGAUGGCAGAGCCUCACCAACCAAUGAGGACCUGCGCUCCAGUGGACGUACCUCACCAAGUGCAGCAAGUACAGACAGCACCGACAGCAAGACAGACUCCAUGAAGAAGCCCAGCAAGAAGAUUAAAGAGGAGGCUCCUUCACCCAUGAAGAGUGCCAAACGGCAGCGAGAGAAGGGAGCCUCAGACACCGAGGAGCCGGAAAGAGCCAGUGCCAAAAAAUCCAAGACACAAGAGCUUAGCAGACCAGACUCGCCUUCAGAAUGCGAGGGUGAAGGGGAAGGAGAGGGGGAGAGCUCUGAUGGGCGCAGCAUCAAUGAAGAGCUCAGUAGCGAUCCUAAAGACAUUGAUCAGGACAACCGCAGCUCCUCCCCAAGCAUCCCCAGCCCCCGGGACAAUGAAAGCGACUCAGACUCCUCCGCCCAGCAGCAGCAACUCCUUCAAAGCCAACACCCUCCUGUCAUCCAGUGUCAACCAGGCACCUCAGCUGCCACCGCCUCAGCACCACCUCCGCCUACAACCUCAGCCCCAACGCUGCCCCCACAGGUCUCCCCCACAGCGGCCUCCACCUCUCUACCUCCCCAGCCUUUGCCCCCGGCAGGCCCAAUGUCUCAUAUCCAGUCUGGAGCAAACCUCCACCCUCAAAGGCUUCCUUCUCCACAUUCACCCAUGGCUCAGGCUCCAGCUCCUGGACCCCAAGUCCCACCUCCAUCAGUACCCAGCUCACAUCACGGGCCCAUGCCUCCUUUGCCACAUCCCCUUCAGCCUGGACCUUCACAUAUGCCUCACCCUCAUUCCAUCCCCCCACAGGGCUUCCCUGUUGGUCAGUCUCAGGUCCCGCCCCUUUCAAUCCCUGGCCAAUCACAGCAGAGGCCACACACGCCUCCAUCCCAGUCCCAAUCAUCUGCUCAGAGUGGGGUUCAGCCUCCCAGAGAGCAGCCUCUGCCCCCUGCCCCAAUGUCUAUGCCUCACAUCAAGCCCCCGCCAACCACGCCCAUCCCUCAGAUAUCCAACCCACAGACCCACAAACACCCGCCACAUGCGUCAGCGCCUCCGUUCCCUCAGAUGCCUUCAAACCUGCCUCCACCUCCUGCCCUCAAACCGCUCAGCUCCUUAUCCACCCACCAUCCUCCGUCUGCACACCCACCUCCCCUGCAGCUCAUGCCUCAGGGGCAGCAGCAUCAGCCUCCCCCUGCCCAGCCUCCUGUCCUCACCCAGUCCCAGAGCCUCCCACCAUCAGCCAGCCACCAACCUCCACCAGCUCCACCUCUGCCACCCUCCGCAGCAGCCUCACAUCCCAAUGGGCCACCACAGCCACCAUUCUCCACUCAUCCUUUCAACACAGUUCUACCUCCAACCGGCCCACCCUCAUCGUCAUCAUCAUCAUCAUCAUCAUCCUCCUCCUCCAUACCCAGUAUACAGCCUCCAACCUCCUCUACUUCAUCCUCCUCCAUCUCUAUGCCACUUCCUGCCUCUGUCAACUGUGCUGGACCAGGCCCAGCACUUCCCCCUGUACACAUCAAAGAAGAGCCUUUGGACGAGACAGAAGAGCCAGAGAGCCCCCCACCCCCUCAAAGAAGCCCCUCCCCAGAGCCCACGGUUGUCAACACACCCAGCCAUGCCAGCCAGUCAGCAAGGUUUUACAAGCACCUGGACCGAGGCUACAACUCGUGUGCAAGGACAGAUUUCUACUUCACUCCCCUGGCUUCAUCCAAACUGGCCAAGAAGAGAGAGGAAGCUCUGGAGAAAGCAAAGAGGGAAGCAGAACAGAAAGCAAGGGAAGAGAAGGAGAGAGAGAGGGAGAGGGAAAAAGAGCGGGAAAGAGAACGAGAGCGAGAAAAGGAGGCAGAGCGAGCUGCGAAAGCCUCCAGUUCUUCACACGAGAGCAGAAUGGGAGAACCUCAGAUGGCCGGCCCCGCCCACAUGCGUCCACCCUUCGACGGCCCCCCCACUACGAUUGCAGCUGUGCCACCGUACAUCGGGCCUGACACCCCCGCCCUUCGAACCCUCAGCGAGUACGCCCGACCCCAUGUCAUGUCCCCAACCAAUCGAAACCAUCCCUUCUUUGUGUCCCUCAACCCUGCAGACCCCCUGCUGGCGUAUCACAUGCCUAGCUUAUACAACGCUGACCCCGCCAUGCGGGAGCGUGAGCUAAGAGAGCGGGAGAUGCGAGAGAGGGAGAUUCGUGAGCGGGAACUACGGGAAAGGAUGAAGCCCGGUUUUGAGGUCAAGCCUCCAGAGAUGGACACACUCCACCCCUCCACAAAUCCCAUGGAGCACUUUGCCCGGCAUGGGGCCAUCACGUUACCCCCCAUGGCAGGCCCUCACCCCUUCGCCUCCUUCCAUCCCGGCCUGAACCCAAUAGAGCGUGAGCGGCUGGCCCUCGCUGGGCCACAGCUGCGGCCAGAAAUGAGCUACCCAGAGAGGUUGGCUGCAGAGAGACUUCACGCUGAGAGGAUGGCCACAGUCGCCAACGACCCCAUUGCUCGUCUACAGAUGUUCAAUGUCACACCGCACCACCACCAGCAUUCGCAUAUUCACUCCCAUCUACACCUCCACCAGCAAGACCCUCUCCACCAAGGUGGUGGUGAAUGUCUUGUGUGUCCUCCAGGCUCUGGGGCCCAUCCGCUGGCAGUAGACCCCCUGGCAGCUGGACCUCACCUGGCCCGCUUCCCCUACCCGCCCGGCGCCAUCCCCAACCCUCUCCUCGGACAGCCGCCACACGAACACGAGAUGCUGCGCCACCCAGUCUUUGGCACUCCAUACCCACGGGACUUACCAGGAGGUCUGCCACCACCCAUGUCAGCGGCCCACCAGCUGCAGGCCAUGCAUGCCCAGUCAGCUGAGCUCCAGAGGCUGGCCAUGGAGCAGCAGUGGCUCCACGGGCACCAUCACAUGCACGGAGGACCACUGCCAGGCCAGGAGGACUAUUACAGCCGGCUGAAGAAGGAGAGUGAUAAGCAGCUGUAAGCAGUCAGAGGAGGCAACGACUGGCAGGCACAGGAGCCGGGAAGUUGUUACUGAGCUGUUACAUUCAGUUUUUGAAGAACACAAAAAGGCCAAGUGGAUCGUCUGAGAAUUCUUCUGCUAUCCGGUUUUUGUUCCUUUCAAGGACUUUUUUUAUUAUGAUUUUUCAAGACAUUGACUUUCUUUGGUAUAUAGCCAGUAGUGGCAACGUCCUCAAGACUCCUGCAUGACAAGCUUCCCUGACAUUUUUUUGUAGGUGCUAGAACAAGACACUGUGCUUAUCGACGAAAAAAAAGACAUGACCAGUCAGGCCGUUUAUGGAAAAUAACAAGUGCUAUCUUAAAUUCAACAUUUAUUUUAAUACAUUGUUGGAGGUUUUUCAUAAUUUUAAGAAAAGCUACAGCAUGGCGUUUUUGAGUCUGUAAAUAGUAUAUAUAAACAUAUAAUUAUUAUUAUAAUUAUUAUUAUUACUAGGUGUGGAGUCCAAACCAAGUCGUUUCAACCUCCGAUCUAAUUGUUUUGAAGCAUUAUCCCUUGUUUCAGAGGGGAGCACCAUGGCAUUAUAUGAGCAGUUCCUGAGAGAGUUGUGCUUCAGUUGUGUUGUUCUUCUGACAUCACUGUGUUAGAUUUAGUCCUACAUCCACCAUGAAAACACCCCACAUCCAUUCUUCACACCGCAGGUUGGCAGAAUGUGGAAACUCAACACGUUGAGUUCAUGAUUUGAAACACUUGAAGAGGUGACACAGUUGUCACCACGGCCUCUGUGGAGGGCACACGAGGUCAUGGAUUAAAAGAAAAAAAAAACAGUUUGCACUGAGAGAGCUCCACUCAACUGAUUUUAUCCUUUUGCGUAAAAUCACUAUUUAAGUCAAUUGAAAUGGAGUAACACUUCAUUCUUAUGUUGUUCUUUUUACAGAGAAUGGUUUUAAUAAUGAUUUUAAAAUGUGGACACCAGAAAAAUGGCUGAACUGAAGGAAUUCAAAAUGACUUCCAGUUCUUUUAAAUUAUCGGGACAUGAAUCUGUUGACAAAACCAGGAGCCUAACAGGACUUUGGGAUUGUUUGAGAAGUGUGAAUGGUUGUGAGUCAGUUGACGGUGCGUUGUGUGUCGCCAUCUCUGUUCCCAGUCGGUCUUGUUUGUCGCAGGGCUCACGUUCGGCUGAGUUUUCCUCCAACUAGGCUGUAAUAAUGUUCACUGUGACACUAGAGGAGGCCUGCUGACACGACCACUGGGGGAGAAGGUGGAUGAUUGUGUGUGAGAGUGUGUGAGAGUUUGUGUUUUCCUCAAUAUUUUCGUAUGCCUUGGUUCCUUAGGGAUACACGCAGCCUCCUGCUCCUCAGGAGUGUGUGUUUAUGUGUGCCACUGACUGUUACAAGUCGUGUUGACCUGUCAUACAGUGCACAUGAGCCUAAGUUUGUCUUUUUUUAUUUUUAUUUUCUACUCUGUAUCCAUGACAUGAGUUCUGCUUUUGUUCCAUGAACUAAGACUGUUUGAGUGUCAUGGGCGUUUAUAAAACUGUGGCUUUUUCUUUUCUUUUAACCAAAUGAAGAAACUGUACUUGCAUUUAAAAGUGACCAUAUCUACCCUUGGAGCACUAUGAUUUACGACAUACUUCCCAGCACCAUCAAAGUUGUGCCCCUCUUUUUAAAACUCCAAAACAGUCUUUGAAUCUUCAACUCAGUCUGUCUCACCAUCUUCCACCCAUUACUGUCUCUGUUCCAACGACGGCUCCUCAUCACCCUUGCCUCGUUUUUCCCAACGGUUCCCUUGCCUUUUAUUCCCCUUUUUUUGUGUCUCCAAAACCUUUGAUGUUAAGUGUUGUCAAUGGUUUAGCUUCUUGUUUGAAAGCGGCAAUAGCAGAAUGUUAAUUCUGACUGCUAAGAUUUAUAUAUAUACUGGUAUCUUGAAGCUUAUUGUAUAUAUGAGUAGUCGCCAUGGGAUGACACAAUGUAAACAAAAAGUAGAAAUAAUAAGAAAAAUUGUGAGUCCUGUGUUCUCUCCAUUUGAGUAUUUUGUAAUUUUUUUGAAAAAUUUGUGGAAUUAAAAUAAACGACUAAGUUA